CUGCCUGCUGGGCCCCGAGCUGGAGGGGGACGGUAGUCCGCCCGCCCGCCGCGCUCUGGAGCGUGGACAUGAGGAAGAGGCGGCGGCGGGAGGCAGACGGAGGCGGGGCCGCCCAGCGGCGGUAGCAGUGCCCUGUGGGGUGGCUGGUAUAGCUCCGGGGUAGGAGCGUCACCUCCUAGCCCCACUUUUCCAGUUAGUGGUCCGGGCCGCCUGAGGGGCUGGUGGCGGCGGCGCCUCCCUUAGUCCGCCACCAUGUUCCGGAGGGCGCGACUCAGCGUGAAACCCAACGUGAGACCCGGGGCCGGCGGCCGGGGCCCGGCCGCUCCCGAGCUCCCGCGCGGCCAGCAGGGUCCCCGAGAGCCCGAGCCGGCCGCGCCGCCCUUGUCGCCGCCAGCGCCUGAAGCAGCCGAGACCCCGUCAGCGCCCCCUCUGGAUUCCGGGGGCUCCCAGCCCCUGGAGGACGAGGCGGCCGAGUGUGGCAGUGAUGAAAUGCCUACUGUGGAUGAUGCUGGACAAUCCAGUAAAUGUUCACCGACUGCUUUACAAAGAAGAAAACGAAUUUCAACUGUGCCUAAUCUUACUAAAUCUAGUGCGCCUGCUUCAUCAGUUCCUCAGUCCUUUUGCACUGUUCAACAGGAAGCACUACAACCAAGUCCUCUUCCAGGAAAGGAAAAACAGCCAUGCUCAGACCGUUAUAGGAUACUUAAAGCUCAAAAGCUGAGAGAAAUGCUAAGAGAAGAAAUGACAAAAAGAAGGAAGCAAUGGAAAAACAAAUAUGCUGGAAAUGAAAGCCAAAUGCCACCAGACCGUUCUAAAAUGACUAUGAGAGACUUGAUAUAUUACCUGCCGGACAGCAAUCCUAUGAAGUCUUCUUUGGAACAAGAAGCAAAAAGUGAAAAAUCUGCAGUACCAGUGCAAACUAAAGAUCAAGAAGAGAAAAAUAUUCCUGAUGCUGAAGAUGAGGUUGAAGAAAUGGAGGAAGAGAGCAAUGAUGGUCCUUUACUUGUUCCUCGUGUAAAAGUGGCAGAAGAUGGAUCUAUUAUUCUGGAUGAAGAAAGUUUAACUGUUGAAGUUUUAAGGACAAAAGGUCCAUGUGUUGUUGAAGAAAAUGAUCCCAUUUUUGAAAGAGGUUCCACAACUACAUAUUCCAGCUUUAGGAAAAAUUAUUACUCCAAACCAUGGUCAAAUAAAGAAACAGACAUGUUCUUUUUAGCGAUCAGCAUGGUAGGAACAGACUUUUCCAUGAUUGGCCAACUCUUUCCUCACAGAGCAAGAAUAGAAAUUAAGAAUAAAUUUAAACGUGAGGAAAAAGCAAAUGGGUGGAGAAUUGAUAAAGCAUUUCAAGAGAAACGCCCCUUUGACUUCAAUUUCUUUGCUCGUUUGCUUGAGAAGGUUCUUGCUGAAGAGGAGAAAAGAAAACAGAAAACUGUAAAAAAUCAAAGCACAAAAGAGAAGAAGUCUUCUAGGCCUCGAAAAAAACAAAAUGUAAAUAGAGUUGCCAGUGGCAAAGUGGGUGAUGAUCCAGACAAUUCUUUGAAUGCUAGAAUUUCAGACGUGGAAGGAACUGAAAUAGAUGCUGAAGUUGUUGAGAAAGAAAAUGAUCAGUCUUUGAAUGUACCUGGACAGACUGUAUUAGAGUCUGUUGUAAACAGAAAGAAACGGAAAAGGAAGAAAAAGGAUGAUACUGAUGAGCAAGAAGCAGAAAAUCUUUCAAAAGAGGCCAUUGGUCCUUCAGACACUCCUAAAGGAGAAAAACCAAAUAAGAAGAAAUGUCAACUUUUGGUAACUGUAAUAAAUGGGGAUGAAUGUAAUAAAGACUUGGAAGUUUCCAAUUUAGAAAACUUAGAUGAGAUUGCUUGCAUACCAUUGAGUGAAAAUGAUGAGAAAGAAACUGAGCACAUCUCUUUAGCAAGUAAUCAAGGUGAUGCCACAUCAGUAGCUGCAGUUGAAUCCUCUGAAUCAGAGGUUUUAGAUUUGUCUCCUUCAAAAGCCAAAAAUAAAGAAUUGCUUCAGAUUGUUCAAAUUGAGAGCAACACAGGAGGAAAAAUUAGUGAUACUAAUAUUAAACUCCCGGAAGUUGAAAAAACUGAUACUGGCAAGCCCAAAGUGAGAGGACGUCCCCUAAGGCCUAAACCCAACUUGUUAAGACCGUCUGGAAAAAAAGCAGAAACUACUGAAAAGGAAAUUGAAAUAGAGAACAAAAAUUUAUUUCCAGAACUUCCAGGAAAUGUUGAAAAGAAUCUCAUAGGAAAAGAUGAAAGCAGUUCUCUAGGAAAAGAUGAAAGCAGUUCUCUUGAUAUUACUGGAAAGGAGGUCACAGAGAGUCAAGGACCUGAAGCUAACUUUGAUGAAACAGGUGGUUUACAAGAAACUAAUAAGGCAAGUACUUUAAGAUCACCGAGAUUAAUGAAGGGUCGAAUGCAGAGACCAAAACCACAUGUAGUUGACCAGAAAGAAGUACUGGCAUCAGAAGACAAAAUUGGAACUAAGGACGAAAAGGAGAAAAAUGAGUCCAGUGUCACCAAAGAUGCCCAAGUAGAAACAGAAGAUCAGUCAUUCAGCAAAUUAGAUGUUGGGAACAAUAGUUCACAGAAUGAAAAAGAAGAUGAAUUUUCUCAGAAGUCAAAAACAAAUGAGCCUGAGAGCCUUAAAGAAAAUCAGAGUCUGCAAGAUGGCAAUAAAUCAGAUACACUCAUACAAAGACCAUUAAGGAGAACACGAUUUCAGAAGCCAAGACCUAACAUAGGAAGAGCUGCUGGAAGAAGUGAAAUUAGAAUAGGGGAAAAGGCACCCAAGGAAAGUGUUACUAAGAAAAUAGAGUCAGAUUUGCUUCAAACUGAUGCUGAAUUCAGUUCUCUUCCCUUCCCAGAUAUCAUAAACUGUAGAGUACCACUUCCUGUUGAAGCAUUUGAAAAAGAAAUACCUUCUCAAAAGGAGAUCUCAAAUCCAGUAAUUCCUCUGAAGCCUUCUGGCAUAUCUUUUGUAGAAGGAGAUGAAGAAGAUAAGGAAACACAAUUUACAACUGAAGUGGAGCAAGUUUCAGAUGUUGUCAAAAGCAAAUGUUCUCAAGAUGAAAAGCUCCCUGUAGUUAAAAAAAACCCUUUUGUGAGAAGUCGAUUCAAGAGACCAAGACCAAACUUAGGAAGAGCAGUUGAAAAAAGUGGAGUUCUUGAAGCAGAAAAAUGUGAGUUAUUGGAGAAAAAGGAAACAGGAAAAUUGGAGAUUAUGAUUCAACAUGAUCAUAAACAGGAUGCCAUCUUCCCCCAUCAAGAAGAUGCCUUUCUUCUUCAAGUUAAUUCUUCCUCCUGUCAAGAUGAUUCCUCCCCAACUAAAGUCACUGCCUCUUCCCCCCAAGUUGAUGCCUGCUCCCCUAAAGAUGAUUCCAUUUCUCCUCAGAGUGAUUCCAUACCCCCUCAGAUAUCUUCCUCCCCCUCUCAACUUGUUGCCUUCCCACUUCAAGACAGUGCUUCUCCCCUUCAAGAUGAUGCCUGCCUUCAAGGCAAAAGCUCUCCACUUCAAGACGAAGCCUUUCCCCUUCAAGACAAUGCUUCUCCCCUACAUGGUGAAGCCUCCUCACUUCAAGAUGUAGCCUUCCCACUUCAACAAAAUGCUUCCUUCCUUCAAAAUGAUUCCUUCCCUCUUCAAGAUGAUUCUUCCUCCCUUCAUGAUGAGGCCUCCUGUCUUCAAGGUGAUGCUUCCUCACUUAAAGGCACUGGCUCCCUUCAAGGUGAUGCUUUGUCCCUGCAAGGUGAAACUUCCUCCCUUCAUGAUGAGGCCUCCUUCCUUCAAGGUGAAGCUUCCUCCCUUCAUGAUGAGGCCUCCUCCCUUCAAGGUGAUGCUUUGUCCCUUCAUGAUAAAGCCUUCUCUCUUCAAGGUGAUGCUUUAUCCAUUCAAGGUGAAUCCUCCUUCCUUCAAUGUGAUGCUUCGUCCAUUCAAGCUCAUGCUUCCUCCUUUCAAGGUGAUGCUUCCUCCCUUCAAGGUGAUACUUCCUCUCUUCAUGAUGAAGCCUCCUCAUUUAAAGACAAUGCCUUCUCCCUUCAAGGUGAAGUUUCAUCCCUUCAUGAUGAGGCCUCCCCUCUUCAAAGUGAAGCCUCCCCUUUUCAAGGUGAUAUCUCCUCUCAAGAGGAUGCCUUAUCCCUUCAAGUUGGUGCUUUUCCUGAUCAAACCUAUGCUUCCUCUCCUCCUCAGUUGACUGCUUCUUCUCUUCAAGUCGUUGACUCCCCCCAUCAAGAUGAUGUGUCUCUCUCUCAAACUAAUCCCUCUCCCCCUCAAAUGACUGCCUCCCCCACUCGAGAUGAUACCUCCCCCUUUCAGGUUUAUGUCUCCCCCUUUCAAGUCAAUACUUCCCCCCUUCAAGUUGCUGCUUCCUCCCUUCAAGUCAGUGCCUCCCCCACCCAAGUUGUUGCCUUCUCUCCUGAAGAUGAAGUCUCCCCUGUUCAAGUUACUGCUUCCUGCCCUCAAUAUGAUGCCCUUCCCAUUCAGGACAUCAACCACCCUUGUCAAAAUGAUGCAGCUGAAUGUUCUCAAAAGACAGCAAUUAAAUAUGAAAAACCAGGUCCAGAAAAGGGGGAAACAAACCUGAUUUUAAAUGAACAGAGCCCAAAAAAGCUCUUAGAUUCAAAGAGUUGUGAAGAGAAGUCUCCAAUUAUAGAAGCCCAAGAAAAUGGUUUCACUGUUUCUGCAUGCAUCAAGAAUUUCCAGCAAGAAAUUAAGACAAAUGAUACCCAACCUAUACAACGAAUGAGGGGCCGUUUUAAGAGGCCUAGACCAAACAUAAGCAAAGUAGAACGGAGAGGAUCCAGGACAACAGGAAAAUGUAUUCCUGAAGAAGGAGAUAAGGAAGAAGGAAUAAUUCAGCAUAAGAAUGAAUCUGAAAGUGAAUUCACCAUUCCAAAUUCUAAAAUUGAAAGUGAAGUUGGACCUUCUGAAGUCCACAGUCCGUGUGGAAGUAAAAAUCAAAGGAUAGGAGAAGAAAAUUUGCAAGUUGGCAGAACUGAAGUUGUAAGUGAACAGAUAAGCAAGGAUAAAUAUAAACUUCAUGCUAUCAGUCCAGCACAGUGGAGAAGGAGCCGAUUUCAAACAGCUAAGCCAAAUUUGGGGAGUGUGUACAGAAAGAAAGAAGAGCCUGGAACAGAAAAGAUUGUGCCAAAUAAAAAUGACACAAGAAAAAUAGAAGAUAAGUUGUUACAGCAAGAAGACUCUGAUAUCCACCAGUCUCUAAAAGAUAAAACAGAGCUACUGUCAUCCUUGGGGAUUGCAGCAAGAAAAGAAUGUGUGGAUUUUAGAGAUUCUAUCUUGCCUAAAGACUAUAGUCAGUCAGAAAAACUGGAUUCCUUUGACAAACAGUUGGAAUAUGGUGGCCACAGUGCUCCAGGAGUUACUUCGUCAUCUGUAGGUGUUGAAGAGCAACUUCUAAAUAAAUCAACAAGAUAUAUGCAACAAUCAAAAGAACCAGGUUCUCUGAAAAAUACUUUGGGUCGAAGAAUAGUUACUUCUUCAACCUCUGAGUGUGAGAUGGAUAAUACGGACAGGAGAACACAGCGCAAGUCUAAACAAAAUUUCAGCAAAGGACGUGGGUCCAAACGUGUCCGUGGGAGGAUUUCUAGGAAAGAACCUAAGUCCUCAAAGGCAGUUUUAGUGACACUCCGAGCUUCUCACGAAGAGGAUGAAGAGGAUAUAGAAGAGUCUGAAUAUGAGGAAGAAAACUACCAUCUUGCACCAGAAGAAGUCAACAAGGCACCGGUGUUUGUACCUAUAGGACUUCGGUCACCAGAACCUGUUUCUGCCCAAAUUGAGGAAACUAUGGAAGAGCUUGAAAUUUCUGUGAAUGUUCCAGAUGUACCAUGUAUUACUAUUGCUGAACAUCUCCUUCCUGAUGUAAAUGUGUCAAAUGAAGGACUGAAUCAGGAAGAAAAUCUAAAUGCUGCAGUUGAAAUUACUGCAGUUGAAUAUCCUGAAGAAGAAACAGGUAUCAAUGAUGGAAGCACAGAAGCUGCCAUAGCUUUACUUACAAUGGGAAAUCAAAUGUUGCAGUCAGAGACAACUUCUGAAGGAAUAAUGUGUGUGCUUCCUGAAGGUGAUAUAAAAAACCCUAUUUCCACUUCUAACCCAGAGACCUUUGACCACAGGGUACUUCUUGAACAUGAAGUACUUUCUUCACCAGUUCCUAGUACAUUGCCUACAACACUGGAUGAAAAUAAGAGUAUAUCAGAGGAGCAAAGUACUGGAAAAGAAAUGACUGUACCUGGGCAAAUAAAGGAAAAUUCUGUACUUUCCAGUGACCAGUCUUCUAAAAAGACAAGUUUGUUGAGAACAAGAAACAGAUUUCCUAAGCCUAAGCCAAAUCUUAGCAAAAUACUUGGAAAAGAUAGACAUGUUCGUCAGAAAGUUACUAGUCUUCCUGCAACUGUGGAUCAACAGGUUGAUAUACAUAAUGAAACAGAAUGUAUAGUUUCCAAAAGGGCAGUAUUGGAGGAUAUAAACAUAGAAUCAAAGACUAUGGCAGAUGGCAUGAUGCAGACCAGCAUGUUGACAGAUCUACACAGCUUCAAAGGCACAGAAGUCAGCCAAAUAGAAAGAGAAGAAAACCAGGACAAGGAAUUUCACGAGUCUCAAAUGGAGUCUCCCUCUACACUACUCAAGAGCAGUUCAUAUGACAUUACUGGUAAUCUCAUUGAGGCUGCAACAGGAGAAUUUCCUAGCUGUGGUGAUGAUGGACACAACUUACUAACGACUCCUUUUGCUCAGCAAUGUACAUUGAAUAAUGCUACAAAAGUUGAGCAACAGAAUGUAAUCAUUCCAGACGGCACAGCAGUGAAUCUAGUUGCUGGUGAACAUCAAGGAGAAGAAGAGGAGCAGACAUUCAUUUUAACUCUAGUGGAAAUCCCAACAGACUCAGCAGAGCAAUUUGCUGGUUUGUCAGAUUCAUUAACUUCUGGCCCUCUACUGCCAGCACCCAUAUUGGUCAAAUCAGUGAAUAAAGAAGAAAGGGGAGACCUGAGCUUGAACUUCUCAGUUGGUGAAGAUGCCACACAUUUAUCUAGUCACGGAAACAGUGUACAGCCAUCUCCUGAAAAGCCUCCAACUCAUUUGGAUCCUUCUUUUAGUGAAACACUUGGUUGCAAUCUUGAAGAAAGCACUACCAUUGUUGCUCCUACAGAACUUAAUGUUUCUACUUUAGGAGACAGUUGUCAGAAAAUCACUUCUGAGGUGUCUUCAGAAGAGUCCACAAAUAUGCACAAGAAUACUGCAGGAGAGUCUUAUGAAAAUCAUCCAGUUGUACCUAUCUUGGGAAGCACAUGUACAAUUGCAGAACCUCAGAAGACAGAGAAAGAGCAGUCAGAACCCAUUGUUCAGGCUUUAGGAACUGAACCUUGUGAUGAGGUGACAUGUAUUCAAAAAGAAGAGAAUGUUCCUCAUUUACCUCAGGAUGAGACUGUAGCACUGUCACAGGAAAGAAGUGAGGCUACUUAUCAAUCAGAACAGAGAAACAAGUCAUCGUCUUUGUUUUCCAGGCCUGGCCGAAGACCCCUAGGAUUUUUAUCAUUGAUAUGUUCAAAGAAUAAUUUGGAAUCUGAAGAAUCCACACCAAUGAAUAGUCAAAAACGUUUGAAACCUCUUAUACCUGUAUCAAGGCAUAAUUUUAGAAGACCAGCUCUAUUAAAUGAAAGCAAAAGAAAAAAGCAGGACUCUUGUCCCCUUCCAUCCACAAGUGCUGAAUCUCAUUCUGAAGCCAGUAGUAUUAGCAACUCAACACCUCAGGUUUCCUGUGAUCAAUCAUUUGAGGAAGAAAGUUGUAAAAAUGACCAAAAGAUGGAAACUGAAGAGGAGCCAACCAAAGUCACUGAAUAUUUUUUUAGUGAUAUUUUUAUGGAAGUGGAUGAAGCAGAGCAAAACUGAAGCUUUUUACAAAGCUUGGGAUUUUAAAUCUCAAUUACAACAACAAAACAGUAUUUAGCUGAAGGAUCACUGUUGAUUUUUCUUGGGUUUAUUUUGUAUUUAAUGAACUCAGUCUUGAAACACUUAAAAUCACUGGAGUACGUUAUGGAGAUUUCCCUCAAAUUGGUUGAGUCAAGCAGCUAAGACUGGUUUAUCAGACUCUUGUUUACACUUUGACCUUCCUCCUGUGUUGGCCACAUGUGGACACUUUGUGGUGUCCAGCUAAAUGCCUUUUCAAUUGUAGGCCUAAAGUCUUUGGAGGUUGUUUGUAUAUAUCAUUUAGUGAACACUUCUUUUUGUGAAGUAAUUUCUUGGUAAGGGCCUUUUAAUUUGCCUCUGUUAAGUAGGUGGAAACAGAUUGUGAAACUUUAGAAAAUGGCAAAGAAAUAGUUGUUUUCUAUUAUCAGCUAUUUCUCUGACUAUAAAUAUGUAUUUUUGUAAUAAAAGAAUCCAUAUUGAUGUAAGGUUGAUGGUUCAAAUUGGAAAGUAAGUAUUUAACUUCAAUAUUUGUAUAGAGGUGAAACAUCAAAGAGCUUAUUUAUUUAUUUUUUAUUUAUUUAUAAGAAUGCUAUUCUGUUUUCAGUCUUUGAACCUGACAAACUUGUGGGUAAGAUAGGAAUGAAUGUAUAUAUCCAAUUAGGAAUCUCUUCCUUAAUUUGAAGCCAUUGAACAUGAUUAUUAUAAUGGAUUAUGUUUAGUCUCUUGGGAAUUGUGAAGCUAGGAAGAUUUUCCUCAUAUUUUACUUGACUAACUUGGCUCUCAGUAGUGGGCUUUUUUUCUUCUAAUUCAGGAUAAGCACAUUCUUUCCAACAAGAAAAAAAUCUAAUUAGGCAAAAUUCCUUCCACAAUUUAGUGAUUAUAAAUUGAAAAUCUUUUUUGCUGCUUCUUUCUUCCUCCCCUAAAUUCUACAUAGUUUGAUUUGUGAUUAAAAAAAAUUUCUAAAAGGUAUCAACUAGCUAAUUGAAAUGAAAUCAUAAACUUGUUUUCAUUAUAAACUGAAGAAUUGUAAUUUAAAACUCUGGUGAUUCAUCUGCAUAAUCUAGGAACCAUCUCAAUCCUGUUUUUUGUUUUUUUUUUCCCUCAGCAAUUCUGAUGAAGCAUUCCAGAGUAUUUCAGGUUUUCCAUAAGUAGCUUGUUUUUUAGUUUUUCAUUAAUUAUUUGUGUUUGCUUAAACUAAAACUCUUCAUAGUGUAAACUGUAAUCUGCAUUUCACCUAGAAAAAAAUGAAUUUUCAAAUCAGCUACAUCUCCAAAAAUAUUUUUACUCCUUAUGGCUGGGUAACUAUCAGUAGUGAAACAUAAUACCAUAUUAUAAGGAAAAAAGUUUAUGCAGAAAAAUAAAGUUCCUGUGAAAAUUAUGUAAUUGAGGAAGGGGGCCAGAAUGCAGAAUCUAGAACUACUACAGUCUAGAGGAAGAGUCCUAGAACCCAUUGAAGAGACAUUCAAGAACCAUCAGGAAAUAUAUAGUCUUGAGUUCAGGCUGGGAGAGGGGAGAGAGCUGGUGGGAACUGAUUACAAGAUUUCUAACUUGAUUUCCUUUUUCUUCCCUCAGACCAAAGGCAAGGCAAGCAAAAAUCAAUAAAAAUGAUCCUAGGCUGCCAAAUUUGGGAAAAAGAUGAUUUUGAUUCAAAUCAAAUUUCCAAGAAAAUUUUUCUUCUAUAGUGACUGCUACUUUGUAUGACCCAUUAUAAAAUGGGAGAGUAAGUCUAAAGUCCAUGAGAUAGGAUCACUGUCAGAGGAAAGACCUGCAAGUCAGAGUGAAGAGUCCCUUCACUCAAGGGUGCAUAUAUACACUUUUCAUUCAAAUAAGCAUCAGGUACAGAAAAAUCAUGAUAAUUAUCACAUUGCUUUUCUACUCUGGUUUUUUUUUUUUUUUAAGUCUUAAGCUAAAUUUCUUUUUCUCUGACUUUGUUUUCUGGAUUAGAUUGUAUGAUUUAAUUUGCCCCUUGUAUGAACAGUGCUAAUUAAACUUGCCUCUUGCUGGUUUCAUUUAUAAACGGCAGCUUUUGGUGAAAUGUUAUAUUCUACUAUGUAUGUUGCAGUGGGUUUAUCUGAUUUUUUUUUUAAAGAAUCAAGUCAGUUGGUUAAAUGAUCCUAUGAGAAAAUGAUCUCAGAAAAAGAGACAUUAAAGAAAAUUUAGUACUACUCUAAAAAUGAAAAGAUUUAUUCACAAAUAUUUUAGACCUCAGACAGAUUCAAAAGGUUUCAGUUUUGUAUUUUAUAAAAUAUUAAUUACAGAAAAUAUAAUUAAAUGUUCUUUAUCUUUCCCUGUGGAAUACAAAGACUUUUUUCUAAUUGCCACAUAGGUCAGUCCAUAUGUCCUGUUUCAGAAUGCAUUUCCAAAUAAAAAAGUU